AUUUCGAGCCUUUUCUCGAGCCCUCUCUUUCUCUCUCUGUUUUUCUUCUUCUGAAAUGCUGAACCGUCCUCUGUGCCACUGCAAGAGAAAAGAGUAUUAGAGUAGUAAUAACAGUAUCAUCAUCAUCUUUAUGGACUCUGUAAUACUAAAACCCACGUUCGAUUCUUUCAGUUUCAACUCUUCCACUCCUAAGACCAAACCCCUCAGCACAAGACAUUGUUCUUUCUUCAGAUUCACUCACAAGGUCAGAACCUCAACCUCGUUUAUCUCUGUCUCUUACAGACCAUCCUCAACUCCUUCAAAUUACUUCACAUACGACUAUCUCUUGAAGCCACUGAGUACCAUCUUCGUCCCAAUACUUCAAAGCAUAAAAACCUCACUUUUCGCUCGAACUCAAAGAUGGGUUUCGUCUACACAAGCUUUCCGUGAUUCGUUUAAGGUUGUAGACGAUAACGGCGUCAAGUACUUGCAGAGCAAUGGGCUUGGGAUAGCUCUGUUGAGUGUUACUACGAAUGCCAAGGUUAAGAUUAGUCCCGUUGUGGCCCAAUUGGCUGCUAACCCAACUUUCGUUUCGGGAUUGUUUGCUUGGUUCUUUGCUCAAUCGACUAAGGUUUUGCUGAACUUUUUUGUGGAAAAGAAAUGGGAUUUGAAGAUUUUUUUCGCUUCGGGCGGGAUGCCUUCGUCUCAUUCGGCCUUGUGCACGGCUCUCUCGACCUCGGUGGCUCUCUGCCAUGGCGUAGCAGAUUCGUUAUUUCCGGUUUGUUUAGGGUUUAGUCUGAUUGUAAUGUACGACGCCAUUGGAGUUCGUCGACAUGCUGGUAUGCAAGCCGAGGUACUUAACAUGAUUGUGGAGGAUUUGUUUCAAGGGCAUCCCAUCAGCCAAAGAAAGCUAAAAGAGCUUCUUGGCCAUACUCUAUCUCAGGUCCUUGCCGGAGCCGUGCUCGGGAUUGUGGUAGCCUGUGUUUGUUGUCGGGGCAGCAUGGUUGCAGCGUAGUGCCACUUUUCUAGCCAGAAAAUUUUGCCAGAAUCAUCAAUCGAUGAUCACAUUCUCACCUUGCUAUAAAAUGUACUUGCUAAUGCUAUAUUAUGCUCUAAUGAAGAAAUUGGUCAGCUGAAAAUGAAGAUAGGCAACUGUUUUGUCAUAGUCAAAUUCAAGAGCCAAUCAAGCUAUCUCAAAUCAAACAAUGAAGAAUCUGCAUAAAUUAUUUGUACUCAUUUUAUUCAAAUUCAAAUUCCAAUUCUUCUCAGGGAAUUUGUUAUGCGUUAUUUUUGCCUUUUGUAAUGUCACAGAUUGAGAAUCAAUCAAUGUUUAUAAGCUCGUGGUUAUUG